AUGGACGCUGAAUACAUAAACCAGACAAAGGGUCCACGUAUUCUAGGGGUCUUCUGGGCUUUUUUCAGUGUAAGCGUGGUGAUGGUAUCCUUACGAUUUUAUAUCCGAGUCCGAGUGUUGAGGAACAUUGGACUCGAUGAUUAUAUUGUCCUGGUGGCAAUGGUUAUGGUCACCAGUUAUACAAUUCUCACCACGGUGAACGUCGUUUUAGGCUACGGAAGCCAUACCUCUGUCUUGAUGGAAAAAGGCGGGAUUGACUUGAUCGAACGUAUUCUAGUCAUUAAUUAUGCAAACUUUGCACUAGGAAUCAUGUCUUUCACAACUCCAAAACUGGCAAUCGCUGCUCUCCUGAAUCGCAUCAUGAAUCCCAGCCGCUUGAGCCGAGUAUGGCUAUGGAUAUUGACAGCCUCGGUGUUCGUGACAUCCACCAUCUGCAUCAUCGUUCUAUUCACCAUGUGUGAUCCUCCCCGGGCUUUAUGGAAGGUACAUCUCAUGAGUGAGGGGGCAAAAUGUCGUUCGACCAAGAUUUUGGUGGGCUAUGCAAUCUUCACUGGAGUUCUGUCGGCGGGGGUCGAUCUAUAUCUUGCAGUUUACCCGACUGUGGUAUUGCUACAACUUCAAAUGUCGAUUCAGAAAAAAUUGGCCCUGUGUGCGGCUUUGGGGUUGGGCGCCGUAGCCUGUGCAAUGGCUAUUAUUAAGUGUCUACAGCUACCAGGUCUAUAUAAUACGGAAGACUCAACAUAUGCAACAGCAGAUCUUGUUAUAUGGACGAGCGUCGAGUCCAACAUCAUCAUAAUGGCCUCCUGCAUCCCAACCUUGGGUCCGAUCUAUGAAAUGAUUCGAGGCAGACGUUCCUGGAGCUCACACGCGCGAUACGAGAGCGGAAAGUUGCGCUCUUACACGGAUAGACCCACGAAGAAAUCGGCAAGCAAUACUCGCGAGGACGAGGAUAUCCUCAUGACCACGGAUAUUAGGGUUACAAGGAGCGGCAGCCAAGAAAGCAUUUUGAACUCGGAUCAACUCCGGAAAGAGGCCUAUGUGGCAGGUAAGAUUCAUCGCACGGAUCAGGUAAAGAUCGAGUACGAGACAAGACCUCAAGGUGAGAAUGGACCUGCACCUUCAUGGUAG